ACGGUGACCAAUUGCAUUGUGCUCUCCCUGUGUGUGCUGUGAUUCCAGAUCACAUCCAUUUGUAAAAUACUCAACUGUAGCAGUGGUAAUCUUGAACGGCAAUUUGCAUCAUGUCCAAUACAAUGCGUUGCAUUCUGAUUGUCUGCGUGGCACUUACACUGAUCGCCGCCGGCUGCAAUGUGGAGGCAUCCAAUUCGAGACCACCACGGAAGAAUGACGUCAAUACCAUGGCGGAUGCGUACAAGUUCUUGCAGGAUCUGGACACCUACUAUGGCGACAGGGCACGAGUUCGGUUCGGCAAGCGGGGGGGUCCACUGAUGGAAAUGCUGCGGAAUCGGGAGCUGGAGAACAAUAUGGCCAAAAGCAUCAACAGCGGCGGGGAGUUGAAAUCUGUUUAAUCUCACUCUCACAGAUCCGCGCCCUGGAUGAGGAGGAGGUAUUCUAAACCAAAAUGCCGUGGACCAUGACGACGAUUAAAACUCAUUUAUUUGUUGUUAUUCAAUUAGUUAUUAUCGGGGCAAUAGUUUAACGUGUUGAGAAAUUAGAUCUAGUUGCAGCUGCAUAUUUAAUACUUACGGUUAGAUAUAUCUUCCAUCUAAUCUUGAUGUUAGUUAAAUAAAUGACAUAUAUUAACUAACCAAAAUAU